UACAUUCAUGCAUUCAGUUAAGAAUAGAUUACUACAAUGUUGAGAUUUGUGCUACUGUUGUGUGUUGUGGCGCUCGUGAACGGGCAGUCCACACCAGUCAAGCAAUGUAUUGCUAACAGCGGUCCGUUGCCGAUCAACGCGUACAUCGAGGGCUGCACCCAGACGCCAUGCAACCUGCCUCAGCUUCAGGAUGCCGUCAUCAACAUCACUUUCAAAGCACCUGAGAACAUCAAUAGGAUGAGAACUCUUGCCACUGCGUAUUUCUCCGGCAUCCUCGCUAUACCUUACAAUCUACAUGAAAAUGCUGAAACCUGCAACUUCUUAACGAACACCAACUGCCCUGUCAAGAAAGAUGAUACCAUACAGUACGCACUCAAAAUAUACAUCCAGCCAAUCUUCCCAGUGGGAAUUGAAACUACGCUCGAGGUCGAGAUAAACGACUUCGACAGGAACAGCUCCGUGGUCUGCGUCCGAGUGCCCGUCAGGAUCGUGGGGCCUGUCAACAGCGGUGACGGAGAUAACAAUGUUAACAUUGCUUAGAGUAAUGACUCAAAAGUAUUUGGUGAAAAUUGACAAUAAAUGAAAUUCAUGAA